AUGUUGGAACACCUUUCCAUUAUCCAUAAAAAGAGAUCUGAAGAAACAGGAUUGCGAGAAAUCUCCUGUAAAAACUUACAAAGGAAAACUCAGAAAGCUGUGAAGAUAUAUAAAUUAUUUGAAAAGGUAGGCGUAGAUAAUAUUAAGUAUAUUACGACAUAUAGUGCAAACUCUAUUUCUGAGUUGACUAAUGAUAAAGUUCAAGAUAUUAUAGAUAAUUUCUCCAAGCAAAAUGAUAACGAUAACACCGAUGUGGAAGAAGUAUCAAUUCACAUGACUGAGAUUUCAGCCGGGGGCCCGGCCAAAAUUCUUCAGGGGAGAAUCAGAGCUCGGCUUCCAAUUUCUAUUUUACCUGAUGAUCCUGAUGAUUCCGAAGAGAAACGAAAACAUAUCAUUGGGUUGGUGUUAAAGCGUUUUCCUUAUCUAUCCUUGGAGUAUAGUGAGAGUUAUGGCGAUAGUUUUGUGUUUAAUAGUUCAAUACGUUGCCCCAUAUGUAAUAAAAACCAUGAAGGCGAAAAUAUAAAGGGUGGAUGGAGUUCUGAGCAACCUGAUGCCACCAGAAUAGAAAAUUUGACAGCUGGUAUUGCAGGAAUCCAAUUUCAAGGUAAUUGA